CAAGUGUUACCGUUAUCAUGGUAAUGGUCAGUGCGCCAUAUCAGAAGAAUGGAUCUGGUGGAAUCUGUAGAUGUGCUCAAGACCGAACAAACUGUACAGACUGUUACACUCCUCAAGAAACUGACACAAUCAAGUACAUUGGACUGUCUAUGGUUGCACAAUCUACUUCUCCUCCAACGUUCACUGCCUGCAGCCCUGGCCUGGCACACGAGUGUGAUGGGAACUCCUAUCUGAACAGUAUCUGUUAUCAGUUCAACAGCCAGCUCCAGAUCACCUCGAACUUCACACCUGCUUUCCAAGAAUGUACUAAGAAAAUAGUGGACCUCGUUUUCCUCUUUGACGGAUCAGCAAGCAUGACAACGGAAGAAUUUGAUGAGAACAAAGGUUUCAUAGACAAUAUCAUGACAACCCUAAAAAACUCCUCAAUUAAGUUCGCAGCGGUUCAGUUCUCAACAAACACCAGGACAGUUUUCAACUUCAGAGACUACCAAGAGGAGAGAGCCUUGACUAAACUUUGGAAAGAAGAGCACAUGGCUGAUCUAACCAACACACAUAAGGCAAUAGACUUUGUCUUGUAGGUCCCAGUUGAUAAUUAUGAAUCAGUUUUACUUUCAAAGUUCUGACCGAAUACUCCGAAUCUGAUCAAAGGGGAUUGUGGUGUAAGAAAGAUAGCUACCAAGCUGCCGGCGCCACCGCAGAUGCAACUAAAGUACUGGUCAUAAUAACAGAUGGAAAUCCCAGCGAUACUGAUAAAAGGUUCAACUCUAUCGAAAGAAGUGAUAAGAAAAACAUCAUCCGCUUUGUCAUCGGGGUCAAGAACGUUGAUUUGACGAAACUCAAGUCCCUGGCAUCAGAGCCAAAAGAGAACAACACUUUCCUCAUCCAGGACUACAACGAACUAAAAGGAAUCCUAGACAACUUUCAAAAAAAGAUCUUCAACAUUGAAGGUUCCAAGACUGCUCUGGCUGGAAACUUGACUAAAGAAAUGUCUCAGAGUGGGUUCAGCGCUGUCUACAUUAACAAGGACACCUUGGUUCUGGGUUCAGUGGGAUCAAACAACUGGCGUGGAUCUCUCUUUGAGACUGAGGGUCUGAGAUCAGAGGAAAGGGAAAUUCAGGACCCCACAUUGGACAAAGAUUCCUAUAUGGGAUACUCUGUAGCUGUUGGGAAGAAGAAUGAGAACCUUCUAUACUUUACCGGAGCACCAAGAUCUGAACACAUGGGACGGAUCCUACUUUUUAACAAGGUUAACAACAACUGGACUGUGGCACAAAGCUUACCUGGAGAACAGAUGGGCUCCUACUUCGGUGCAGAGCUGUGUUCUGUGGACAUAGACUCAGACGGCAACACAGACUUCCUCCUGGUCGGUGCACCAAUGUUUCACCAACCCCCGAGAGAGGGCAGGAUCUACGUCUACACACUGACUGAUAAGCUGGAACUGAGGAUGGAGAUGAAUGUUUCAGUGCCAUCUCAGGGUAGAUUCGGCUCCUCCAUCUGCUCUCUCACAGACCUGAAUGGAGAUGGGCUGAAGGAUGUAGCUGUGGGCGCUCCACUUGAGGACGAUCACAGGGGGGCCGUGUACAUCUACCUGGGUGAAAAGCUAAAGGGGAUCCGCCCCGAAUUCAGCCAGCGCAUCUCAGCUGUGAUGAUGAGAUCUAAGAUCCAGUUCUUUGGCCAGACGAUUGAUGGGAAGAUGGACCUGGGUGAGGAUGGACUGACUGAUAUCGUAGUAGGAGCGUGUGGUGCAGUUGUUGUCUUGAGGUCCAGACCGGUCCUCAGCGUCUCUGCUCAUCUCCACUUCCAUCCCGCGGAGAUCAGCACUGAUAGAUUUGACUGUCUGGCAAAAGAGAUAAUUUCCCCCAUCGUCACUUUAACAGCCUGCUUUAACAUGGCAGAGGCAACAAAGAGUAAAGCUGAGGUGCUGAGUGCAGGGAUGAACGUCUCCUACCUGCUGGAUGUGGAUCCAGUGAGACAGAGGAGCCGAGCAUUUUACAGUGACACGAACAAAGGGGCCAGAAGACUUCUCUCUACUGUGGAGCUGAGAAAGGAGCGGACUUGCUUCAACCACUCAGUCUACAUGACACAAUGUGUGAUCGACACAUCAUCGCCCAUAAUCAUCCAACUAGUUUUUUCUCAAUCUGAAAGCCAACAAGAGGGUCUUACUGCCAUUCUGAAUACUGACAGUCCUACACAGGCUGUGGUCGAGGUGCCCUUUGAAAAGAACUGCAAAGAAAAUGAAACCUGUUUGGCAGAGCUUGAGGUGGACUUCAACUUCAUCACAUCAACUUUAUUAGUGGUGGACCAGAGUUACUUCAACGUGACUAUAAGACUGUCCAAUCACGGGGAUGACUCAUUCAACACCAGUCUAACUCUCCUCUACCCUCCUGGCCUCUCAUUCUCCAUGAUGCAUCUUCUGAAGUCUACAAGGAGAACGGUGUUCAGCUGUGGUGGUCUGGAAGGUGAAAUGGACAGAACUACAUGCAGUGUCAGCCUCCCUGUCUACCGUAGUAAAACCACAGCAGUGUUCACCAGUAAAUUCCAUAUUUUGAAUACAUACGACUGGAACGACACAAUGGAAAUGACCGUCAUCGGCCUGAGUGACAACGGAAACUCAACCAAUAGUUCCCUUACCAGGACCAUCCCUGUUCAAUUUGCAGUUGACCUGGUAGCAAAAGCCCUUCCCCAAGACUCCACCACUUACAUGAAAUUUACUCUGGAGGACACAUCACCUAAAAGACUGGUGAAUGUAUAUGAGGUGCAGAAUUUGGGAUUUAAGUCUGUACCAAUCACAGUCACCUUCACUUUCCCAACUAAGCUUGAGCACAAAUUUGAAAUGAAGGACUACCAAAUAUCUGUCUUACAGAACCAUACUCAAUGUGGAAAGAUGAUCAAUUCAACAACAGAGUACUGCUCUCCAGACAAAUACUGCAAGUCCAUCGAGUGUGAAAGUUUCCUUUUGGAGAAGUUUUUGACAGUUACAUUUGUGUUGUCUGGAAAUGUUUCCUUCAAGGACCUCGAUCAACAUGCAAGGAGCUUGUCAUUGCCAAAGAAAUUCACUGGGGAGAGAGAAACAGCCAAUUUCAUCAGUUUUGUCAAACUCCGCUAUGACAAAAAACGAUAUGUCCAGACAGCGAGUGACCCAAGGGAUAACUCUACAAGCUUCCACCAAACACAGAUUGAUGUUCAGGCUGAGCUCAUCAUUCCUCCCCAUAGAAACCUGAUAAUAGGGACAGGAGUUGGAGUAGGACUCUUCCUCCUGAUCAUCAUCACAAUGGCCAUGUAUAUGAUGGGAUGUUUCCAGAGGAAAAGCCUUGAUAAUGAAGAGAAUGAAGGGGAAUAGAGUGAGCAAGAUGACACUGCUAAGGCUAACAAUGUCUAUGCUAACACUUUGGAGAAGCAGAGCUAAAACCUCUCCUUGUUGACAUUCAGACAGUAAAAAAUGGGUUCCACGCUUGCAAUGAGGGGGUAGGGGAGGGACCAAAAGAGAAACGGGAUGUGUCAGAUGCAGGCUAAAGGAGUAGUAGUCUAAGCAAAAAAAACACAAAAAAACAGGCCGAUUCAGACUUAGGAAAUGUACUUGGUAUUCAGACUUAUGUUGCUUCCUUAUGCACACUGAAUACAUGUAAUUCAACCGCCUAAAAACCUCCCACUUGCUGGCCAACCAGAUUGUCUCUUUUGAGUUUCCAUUCAAUAGGGUUUUCAGUACAUUUAUCUAAUGUAAGUAUUAUCCAAUAUUUAAUGUAUUGAACUACUGAAUGGCAACUUUCAGGAUUAAUCAAACCAUUAUACUGAGAAGGGCCUACAUGUUCUAAGGGGCCCAACUCAGAUUUAGGAAAUGUAUGCCUUUUCUUACGCACCCCUUUCCUACACAGUAGUUGGUAUCCAGACAACUUAUGCAGCUGUGCAAUGGGCUUUGCAGGCCUAGUGUCCUUGGGCACACCGUAUACAUAUAAUUAAACAGCUGAAAACCUCCCCACUUGCUGGCCAACAGAUUUCCUUCUGGAGUUGUCAUUCAAUAGGGUACAAUAUAUUGAUGUUAAGCCAUCCCUUUAAAAAUAGUGUGGCUUUAAUUUGAAUUUGUCGACAGGCUAGACAUAGAGAACGUGUUCAGAAUAUAUUGAUCAAUGAAAGAUAAAAGAUGAAUAUGCAUAUAAUUAGAUGGCCGGUUCAGCGCCAACCGGUUUAUUUAGGGACUUUUUUUGGGUUAGAAAAGUAUGAAUCAUAAAAAUAAAAACACAGCUUUAGAGAGCCUUUGGGCACACAAUAUAUAUUGAUGAAAGAAAAAUUGUGGUUUGAUUCAAGCUGAAAGUUGUCAAAUUCAAUACAUAAUUUGGAAAGGUGUAUAAAGUGUACAAUAAAGUUUUGAACAAUAGUCCUACCCUAAUCAUGGAGCUGUAUGACAACGGCCCAGCCGCCGUGCACCAUGCUACCAAAUGAUUACGCAACAUGUAGGCUUGGUGGGGGGUGUCUUUUGUGUUUUCUUUUCCGUCAUUGUAAAUAAGAAUAUGUUCUUAACUGACUUGCCUAGUUAAAUAAAGGUUCAAUAAAAAAUUGAAUGUA